AUGCUGUUGGAAGACUUGCUGAAGUUGAUCAAGAGGAUGUUGGAAUUCCAGAGAUGUCCGAAGCUUCACGAAAGAGGCCUCCUGAUGUUCAAGUUGAAGAACUACAAGACAAUCAGCCUGCGUUUGAAGCAAGACCCCGACCUGGUCCUGCCUGAUGCCUUGCUGACAUCAGUGUUAAACCAAGGUGAACAUCCGCUGAAGCUUCUCCAAGAACAAGCCGAACGUGAAAAACAAUCUGAUCAUGCGGUUCAUGACAAUGGCACUUGGCAUGGAAUUUGGCCAUUGCCUUCAAGAUCUGAAUGGAAUGCCCGGCGUCACCAUGGACUUUUGUGGCCCCGAGGCAGUCAUGAAGUUGAUGCGGUGCAAACUGCGAGAAAGGAGUACAAGUGGAAGGACAUUCCAAAAGCUGACCGUCCUGCUUUUCAUGCUGCAGCCAAAGCCGGAUGGCAAGUUUGGGUGGACAAUGGAGCAGUGGAAGUUCUAUCCAAAGCUCAAGCUGAUGAAGUUCGAGCGCGUUUGAAGUCCACUGGCAAGCAGUCAUGCUUGUUGACUCCAAGGUUUGUGUACACCGACAAACAUGAUGGCUUGCGCACUCCUUCAAAGCCCCUUCCGCUGAAGGCGAACGCGCGAUUGGUCGUUCCAGGCUUCCAGGACAUCACAGCCUAUCUGGUUCGAAGAGAUGCUCCAACUGGAAGCAGGACCUCCCACCACUUUCUCCUCAUGUACACGGCCAGCAAGCGUUGGUUGCUUUUCAGUGCAGAUGUAAAGAGUGCUUUCUUGAAGGGUGAAAAUUUUGGUCCUGACGAAAGAGAGCUUUAUGUGAGCCAGAUCCGAGUAUCCUCUCCUGAUGAACCUCUUCUUCCUCUUGGCGAAGGUGGACUUGCAAAAGCCAAGAAAGGCAUAUUUGGUUUGGCAGACUCACCUCGACGGUGGUAUCUACGUUUGAACAAGUCAGUGACCAAGCUUGGAUGGGUUCGAUCUGAGCUGGAUGCUGCGCUAUGGUUUCUGUGGAGUGCUGAUGGUACAACUUUGGAUGGUUUUGGAUCGCUGGAAUCUGGCUCCUUCACCUAUUGUGGCAAAAAGAUCAAGCAGCUUGCCGACUUUUCCAUCAAGGUGAGCAUGGUGGAGUAUCAUGAGAACCUGAAGCAGAUCCCUAUGACUGGCGAUCGCAAGAAGCAGCUUGAUCAACCGAACACCGUCAGCUCCAAGGACUGCUUGGGAGUAAAAGCAAGUUCUAAGUUUUCCCUGAACUUCAAGCCUAUGGACCUGGACAAGUGUGGCCUGGUCACUGUUUCCGAUGCGGCAUUGGGCAACGUUUCUCCAGAUGGCAGCAUUGGGGAAGAUGUUUUUUCUCGAGUGCAUAGCCAGGCGGCUUAUGCCAUUCUGAUUGCGGAUGAGAACAUGCUGGCGGGCAAGGAGGGCAACUUUUGCUUGAUUGACUCGCGGAGGCAUAGGCUGGCGAGAGUGUGUCGCUCGACGUUUGCGGCAGAGCUCAUGUCUGCGGAGGAAGCCUUGGACUGUGGGGAAUUUUGUAGAGGGAUGUUUGCUGAGACGCGUGGCUACAGCGUGGAUAGGCGCAAUGUGGAGGCCAGCAACAAUGCGAUCCCAAUGAUUCUGGUGGUGGACGCAAAGGACGUGUUUGAUAAAAGCACGAGUGACACGCCAAGCUAUGGAAGCCAAAAGAGCCUUGCGUUUACGAUUUCCUGA